ACAGACUCAAAACAUCAUUGAUAACUGUCCGCCUGAGCCUGACGUAUCAUCAUGCAUACCCGGGAAAAGAAAGGAAGGAAAGAACCCUCCUGUCACUCAGCUGCCGAUCGCACAGGAUGCAAGGAUGUCUUGCAGGUUACUGCUACUAUAGUUGAGUGGUGAGGUAGGCGCUGUUACUUCUAUAGGCGAGCGUUUUGACACCUAACGGGACGGUAGCGUAGGACGCACUUACAGUAUCAAGCUUUGCACUUUUCUUCGUCAUCCCAGCGCUCACAGCCCUGGAUGCCGUGUCGGGUACAGCGUGGGCCUAAAAUGAUGCACUACCGUUGUCUAGACCCGCCUACCACGCCCGUACACCAGCAGGCAGAGCCUUCUCCAAGCGCCAACAUCCCUAGUCCUGCUACUCCAGUCUACAAUGCAGGUAACGGUGGGAUGGCGUUUCCUGACUGGGCCUACAAACCGGAGAGCAGCCCGGGCUCCCGCCAGAUUCAGCUCUGGCAUUUCAUCCUGGAGCUCCUGCAGAAGGAGGAGUUCCGCGACGUCAUCGCCUGGCAGGGCGACUACGGAGAGUUCCUAAUUAAGGACCCAGAUGAGCUGGCUAGGGUCUGGGGGGUCCGCAAGUGCAAGCCGCACAUGAACUACGACAAGCUCAGCAGAGCACUCAGGUAUUACUAUAACAAGAGGAUCCUCAACAAAACAAAAGGAAAGCGCUUCACAUACAAGUUCAACUUCAGCAAGUUGAUCUUGGUGAACUACCCCGGAACUGACAUGAAGUACAUCCCACAAUACGUGCCUCCGCAGUCGGCUCCCGCCAACAAUGCCAACUCCCCUGAUGACGUCAUCCUCAUUGAUGAUAACUUGAAGUCUAAGGAGCGGCAAGGAGUCCGCACUAUGAGUGAGUCCUCAAGCGACUCGCAGGAAUCUUUGGAGGGGAUGAAGCGGCCUCCUCCUGUUCGGCAGCGGUCUCACAGCCUUGGAGAUGCGGAGCCACUGGGUAUCAGCCAGCCAGGGAUGCGGAGUGACAUGCAGCCCCCAGUGGUCCCCAUCGAUGCCAGACCACCUCCCUUCUCGCCAGGUUACGUAACCCUGCGUCCCACGUUUUACUCCCACUCGUUGCCAGCGAGUCCCUGUUAUCUCUCCCCGAUGCCAAGCCCAGCAUCUGCCUUGAGCCCGAUCUUCACAGCACCCUGUCCGAGAUUCACUUACUCCCAGGCUGAGAUUCGUGCCCACCAGGAGGCACAGUCCAGACUUGAGCACGACCGCGUCACCAAGCUCAGGGCCCAGACCCUGCCCCAGACCCUGCCCCGGCCGUUUGCCAUGUCCCAAUCCCCCGGAACAAUUUGGAGAACUCACACUGAGAACGAGGUCCGGAUUGGGGUGCUGAAUUUAGCCCAGCAAGAACCCCAACCGCAGCAGCAUCACGAGAACGUGGUCCGCAUUCCAGAUCGGCCACUCCAAUCCGAGCUGUACCUGAGAAGAAUGAACGAGCGCAGGCAAGCCCAGGCAGCCGCAGCCAAUCAGAAACCCUCCACACUCUCAUCUCCACCGGAGAUCAAAACACCCUCUACCAUCACUUCCCCACCGGAUAAUGACAACAACACCAUGAAAGCACCCGAGCCUGUGCGCCCAUGGCAGCAUUCAUCACCACGGAAACCAUCCCCGGAUAGGAGAUAUGCAGCGAUGCGGUCUCCAAGGCCAUCCCCAGAUAGGACAAGAAUGGACACAGAAAGUAACAAGGCGGAAAGCACAGAGGGGCAGCAGAGAAGCCCAACUCAAAUGGAGAAGGAGGACACAGAACGGAAAGAUAAAGAGAAGUGCAUUCCCAUCAAGCUUCGGGUCAAACGGAAGUGGAACCGGGACAACUCCCGGCCACCUUCUUACCAGGAAGUGGAACCCAAGUCCCCCAAGAUCACCCUGGAAAACAAACCCUCUUCGCGAUCCCUCCCUUGCACUCCUACCCAGAAGUCCAGUUCCAUCGGCACUGUCUUCCAGUUCCCCCCGACAGCCGAGGAUCCAGUCAAGGAAGAAUCCAUGCGUAGGUUCCGAGAUUAUUUCUUCGACACGGGACCCUCGGGAUCCGGCGGUCACUCUCAGCCCAUGUUGGAGCUACGCUCCCCAGGUGCUUUCAGUCACUUCAAAUCGGAACGCUCUCAGCGGACUCACCUGCUGACGCCUGACCGUGCCUUGGUUCCAGAGAGGAACCUGGUCAAAGUAGAGAGCGACUCCAGCCUUAGUAAGAAGCGAUCCUUGAACUCUGACCUCUCCGAGGAGGUGUGGAUAAAGCGCGAGCCUCGUCCAGAAGCAAAAGAUCCGUAACAACGGAUGUUCAAAGAUCUUCCAGUACGAACUGUAAUCGUUCACCAGCACAAUGGUACAGAUUCAGCAGUUAAGUACACAUAAUCUGCACAGUUGACUUUCCGAGUUCAAAGUGUUGUUGACAUCGGCAAACGGUUAACUCUGAAAAGGAAAAUACUUGUACCUCCUUUCCCUCCUGUGGAACCAUUUCUGCCAAAAGCUAGAAUGGUUACACCACAAUUAUCACACUGACUUCGCCAUGAUAUAUUUAUGUACCAUGUACAAGUACCACAACAUAUUCGUUGGAUGUGGACUUAAAUUCGAUGGCAAUUUUUUCUCAGCCAUGCUAUUAAGUAGUACUGUACACAGUUUAGUUCGCUCCAGCGACGCACCCAAUGGGCAUUCUCAAGCAUGCAAAUCAGGUGCCAUUCUAAAACAAAAAUUUGAAUGGCCUACUAGAAACAUGAAAAUCUGUUAUUUUGUGUUGACGGGAAAUGACAGUGAAGUUUUGAUAUUGCCCUUCAGGCUGGAAUGAUCUGCGUUUUGGGAGUUGCCCUUUCACAACCUUGUUUCCAGGGUUGAUGUCUUCUUUUAGUCUCCCCUGGCACAAACAUUUCUGCCAAACAACCUUCUCACUAAGUGGCGGGGAUUUAGUUACCAUGCCUUGGUAAGGUGAUACCUGGAAUUUUAAUGUGAAGUAUGUGUCAUCUGCCAGAAAAAGCAACUCUUAGAGCUUGUAAGAACAAAGUUUGGUCCCUACAUUUCAAACCUUGUGUUUGAAUUUGUUUUGGCCAGAGACUCAAGAGAAAUUCUCCCAAAUGCAUUAUGGAAUCCUGGGAAAGAAGUGCCUUGUGCAACUCUUAAGUAAAAGAUCAUGAAACCAUGACAAAGUACAGAAGAAUGCCACUAGGGGCUCCGUGCGCCAACAAAAGAGGGUGCAUUUUUACCUCUUUUGAGAGCUCUUUGGACAGGACACACAGCGUGCGCGUACUGUACUGUGGUUCGUGCGCGAAGUAUGCACGACUUCCUGAAUGUGCAAAAGCUAUAGCCACCGUGUCCUCGCGUGAGCGUCAGGCGUCGUCGGCGCACGAAUACGUUCGAAUUCAACUUGUGAUGGUCUCCGAAACUAAUCCCCGCCUCCAAUGACUUUGGAUACAUACAAAAUACACAGUGGAUGGAUCGGGAACCAGUCUAGGUCACCCCAACUAUCCUUGUGCACGGAGCCCAUAACGAAUACUUUAUUGUACAAACCAGUGUUGAAGUCGACCAGCACAAGACCAUUCACAAGAGCACCUGCAAGUAUCAGGGGACAAACAAUAACAAAGGAAUGCCAUUGUUGCAGUUCAUUUGAACAGCUUGUGACUUGAAUUGAGACUGGAGGUCUUGGGUUGGUCUUGUGAUGGUCUUGCGAUGGUCUUGUGAUGGUCUUGCGAUGGUCCAAUCAUCCCCUUUUGCUCCCAAGUUAAUGUACAUGUAUAUUAAUAUCAAGUAUUGCAAGCAGAAAUGAUGUUUUGUGUUCCCACUGUGUUAGCUUUAACACAAUGUUAAUAACUUCAUUGCAAUAACCUGAAAGCAUGUAGAUUUAACAAAGUACACCCCUCUUUCCUCCGGAGGUAUUAGUCCGGCCACGUCGGAAGUGGGCAUUGUUGCAUAUGGCUAGGGCUUUUUGCUGUAUCGUGCCAGCGGCACAAUAACCUGAGCCGUAACCUGGUGGAUGUUUUCUUCACAAGCCUUGAAAACAGUGACUCGGCACUGAGUUACUACUUGUAAAUAAAUCUUGGAAAAGGUCAAUCUCAAUGAGCUGCUGAACAAAACCUGUUGCUAAGCAACACCCACAGGUUGCCCAGCAACAUGGAACAGACCAUCAGUCAGUGGGUUAUCAUGUCGACAAGAUAUUUACUCCAUACAUUUUACAUUGUCUGCAACAAGUUUGGUCAGCGGGCAAAAACAUUCUUGGGAAAAAAAAAA